UCUUCCUGAAACAAACUAGCCAUCCUUAAUCUUUUCUUCUUAACGGAAACUUAGAAUUUCUCCCAUGUUCCUAAAUAGGAGUUAAACACCAGCCUCAUCUUCUCAUGGCACCCAAUUUAGACUCCCAUUUCCCCGCCACACAUUUACGGGAACCUGCGAAUUCACGCAUGCAUCGCCCUCUUUUAUCCUCUGCUUCCUCCACAUGCCUCAAAGUUUAGCGCAUUUCCAACCGCAGCACCAUUAUGGUCUUGCUCCGAUCGCCGAGCAACAAUUCAAGAAUCGAGCUUAAUCCAUCCAUCCAGUAGGCAGGCGGGAAGGGAAGGGAUGCAGGAGACCCGGCCGGACAUGGAGCAGCAGAUCGCGGAGCUCCGGGGCGAGCUGCGCAAGGUGCGCGAGGAGCGCGACCGCGCGCACCGCGUCCUUGAGGUGACUGAGUGGAAGGCGCUGGCGUCGGCCAACGACCGCACGACGAUCGAGACGCUGGAGGCCCAGCUGGACGCGUCGCGGGAGUCCGAGACGCGGAUGCUGGAGUCGCUGUCGCUGCAGACGAAGCAGCUUGAGAUCACCAAGAUCGAGCUCGAGGAAGCCCGUCUCGAGGUGGCCUCGAUGCAGGAGACCGUGCAGCGGCUCGAGGCUGCCGCCCCCGCCGUGGCCAAGCCCAGGAGCCGGUACGAGCGCGACCUGCAGCGCGUGAGCGGCGAGCUGCGCGUGGCGCUGGCCGCGGAGGAGAAGAGCAGGCGCGCCAUGGAGGAGCUCGUCCUGGCGCUCAAGGAGGUGAACGCGGAGCUCCACGCGACGCGGCAGCAGACGGCGCGCGCGCGGCACGAGGCCGAGACGGCCAGGCUCGAGUCCGACCGGCUGCACGUCUCCGUCAAGCGGAAGGACGACAAGAUCCGGGCGCUGUCGGACGAGGUUGUCAGGCUGCGUGCCGACGCCGAGGAGUCCUUCGCGGCGUGGAGGGGCAAGGAGGCCGGGUUCACGGCGUGCAUGAAGUCCACGGAGGCCGAGCUCGCCGAGUGCCGGCGCGAGAACGCGCGGCUCCUGAGCUCGCAGCGCGCGGGGAGGAACGAGGUGGCCAAGCUCAGGGACAUCCUGAAGCAGGCCGUCAAGGACACCAAGUUCGUCAAGGAGGCCCUGGAGGAAGCCCGGAGCGAGAACGCGUUGCUCAAGGAGGUCGUCGGGAACAAGGACAACGCGGUCAAGUGCACCAAGGAGGAGCUCGAAUGCCUCCGUGUCAGCGAGGCCGCGGCGCGCGACAGCGUCAAGGAGCUGCAGAGCUUGCUGGUGGCCACGUCGUCCAGCCCCACGGCGGCGUCCGUGGCGGGGAAGUCGUUCGACCUGGAGGACCCUUUGUCGCCGCAGCUGGCGGGGAUGGAUCAGCUGCAUGGUGGGUUAAUGGAGAACGGUAGUAGCGAGAACCGCUUGUCGGACGCCAAGAUGAAGCCGCCGGACGGGCUCGCGCUGACGCGGCGGAUGUCGGAGAACUUCGAGGGGUCCGUGUAUGAUAUCUUCGGGACGAUCGACGAGCAGAAGGGCGAGCUGGGCGUGUUCACCACGAUGCCGAGGUUGCCUGGCCGGCGGCGCGUGGUCAUGCGCAAGGUCGGCAGCUUGCUCCGGUGGAAGAGCUUCAAUAACAAAUAGCCACUGAGGCACUGACGAUGCUGCUGCUGAUACUACAAAGGGAAUUGCGAGCGGUUUUGUAUAGCGUGUAUGUGUGUGUAACAUGUCCACAGUGUUGGUUACG